GCGCGGGACAUAUUUUUGGAUUCUCCAAUUUCGCCUUACCGCCGAAGGAGAGCUAGGUGACGGUGCCGGUUACGGCGAAAACGCUGUAGCGAUGAGUCGGAGCUUGGGGAUCCCGGUGAAGCUCCUCCACGAGGCGACGGGGCAUAUCGUGACUGUGGAAAUGAAGAGCGGCGAGCUCUACAGAGGAAGCAUGGUGGAGUGCGAGGACAACUGGAAUUGCCAGCUUGAGAGCAUCACUUACACUGCUAAGGAUGGAAGGGUCUCACAACUGGAGCAUGUUUUUAUACGAGGCAGCAAAGUCAGGUUCAUGAUUAUUCCUGAUAUGCUUAAGAAUGCUCCUAUGUUUAAGCGCCUAGAAGCUAAAAUCAAGGGUAAAGGUACAUCACUUGGAGUUGGAAGGGGGCGUGCAAUUGCUAUGCGAGCCAAAGCACAGGCAGCAGGUCGUGGAGCUGCACCCGGCAGAGGUGUUGUGCCACCUGUAAGGAGGUGAUCACCUAAGAUUGGAUUUGAUUGCUCUGAUCUUGAAUGCCUCCUUAUUUGUCUCCUAGAAAGUGUUGGAUGUACAAUAGUAACUUUUGUUCUAGGAAUGAUGACAAGACACCCGAAAUGCAGGUGAUCCCUAAGAUGGGUGCUAUAUAAAGUUCUCGAAUUGGAUUUGUCUAAUAUAAGUCUUUGUACUUUACUUUCUGCCAAUUUCUUGUGCUAUCUAAGUUCAUUCUAGGUGACUAUUGAUGUUUUCAGAGCUUAUCUUGUUAUAUUGACCAUAACUUUCCUGGGCUGAUUUAUUUUA